CACAAAUAUUCAUAAAACAAUAUUUUAAAUUUGAAACAUUGUUUUAAAUUUUUAAAUUAGAAAUAUUAUUAAUUAUAGUGUAUAUCAACAAACAAUAAACAUAAAUAAUUAAAUCAAUAUAAACAAAUGCGGCUUGUAAAUGAAAGUCAGCCUUAAAACCGCUUUAUAUUUUAAAUUUGACCGUUAACAGUUGACUGUGUAUAUGUUUUAUUAAAAAACGUGAUCCUGUCUAAUUUUGCAAUGUGCAAAAAUUAAUAUAAACCUACAAAUUUUUGACAUUUUUAAUAAUAAUCAAGUGAGAAAUACAAUCAAUUAAAUAUAUAAAAAAAAAAAUCAAAACAAUGAGUGACGACUCAGUGCGUGUUGCUGUUCGGAUACGUCCACUUGUUGAUUCAGAACGUACAAAAGGUUGUGUUGACUGUCUAAAUUUAACACCUGGACAACCACAAAUCCGAGUGUCAGACAAAGCAUUUACCUAUGAUUAUGUAUUUGGUUCAUCAACAGAACAAGAUGUUGUUUAUAAUGAAGCUGUUGAACCAAUGGUUAAUAAUAUAUUCAAGGGUUACAAUGUAACAAUAUUAGCCUAUGGACAAACAGGAAGUGGCAAAACAUAUUCCAUGGGUACAAAUUACAGUGAAGGACAACCAAUGGGUGUUAUACCUCGUGCUGUAUCAGAUAUAUUUAAAACAAUAUCAUUAAAAACAGAUUGGAAAUAUAAAGUCACAGUGUCAUUUAUUGAAUUAUAUCAAGAACAAGUUUAUGAUUUAUUAAGUGAAAAAACAAGAAAAGAAUCAAUACUUGAUAUACGUGAAGAAAUAAAAGAUGAAACAAAAGGUAUUAAAGUUGUUGGUUUAAGUGAAAUUGAAGUUAAAAAUGUUGAUGAUACAUUUAAAUGCUUGAGUCAAGGAUCAGCUGGUAGAGCAACUGGUGCAACCAACAUGAAUAAUCAAAGUAGCCGCAGUCAUGCUAUAUUUACAAUAACAGUAUAUCAACAAAAAAUUGAUGAUAAUGAUACAGCAAUGACAUCAAAAUUUCAACUUGUUGAUUUAGCUGGUUCUGAGAGGAGUAAAAAAACUGGUGCAACUGGUGAAAGAUUUAAAGAAGGUGUUAAUAUUAAUAAAGGUUUAUUAGCACUUGGUAAUGUUAUAUCAGCCCUUGGUGAUAAUAAUUCAUCAGCAUUUAUUGGCUAUCGUGAUAGUAAAUUAACAAGAUUAUUACAAGAUUCAUUGGGUGGUAAUUCAAUGACACUUAUGAUUGCUUGUGUUAGUCCAGCUGAUUAUAAUAUUGAAGAAACAUUGAGCACUUUGCGUUAUGCUGAUAGAGCUAAAAAAAUUAAAAAUAAACCAAUUAUUAAUCAAGAUCCACGUACUGCAGAAAUUAAUCGUUUAAAGGAACUUGUUAAGCAGUUACAAUUAUCAGCACUUGGUAAAAAUUCUGGUAUAUUAUCAUGUCCACCAGAACACAGUUGUUUAUCAGAAAAAAAUCGUACAUUACAAAAAAAAUUACGUGAAUUAAGUGAACAAUUACACACGAAUUUAAUUGAAACAAUGUGUAUGAAUGAAAGAGCUGAACUUGCUGAAGAAGCUAAAAAUAAAAUGGAUGAGGGUUUAAUUAAAAUAAUUGAUGAAUUUAAAUGUAUUAUUAAUGAUAAUGAUAUUGAUAAUGAUUUACGUAUUAAAUUAAAACAAUUAUAUGAUAAAAUACUUCAACUUCAUGAUUAUCAAAAGCAAAAAGAUGCUGAAAUAAUACAACAAAUAUCACUUGAAGGUGAUCCAUCAAUGAGAAUAACAACAAAUAAUAAUAAUGAUGAAUUUGAUGAUUCAUUAGAUUCAAGUAUUGAAGGUAUUCAACUUGAUGAAAAACAAGCUGAACAUACAAUACGUCAAUCAGAAAGAAAUAAUGAAGUACAAAAUAUUAAUCGUGCAUUGGCUAUUAAAGAAGAACUUGUAUCAAGAUUAUUAACAAAUGCAUCACAAUUAGCUGAAUCAAAAGAAUUACAAGAUAUGGAAAAUGAAAUUAAAUCAUUACAAAAUGAAAAAGAACAAUUAUUAAAAUUACUAGAAGAAACACAAGUUAAUAGUGCAUCAGCAAAAUUAGCUGAAACACGUAGAAAAAAAUUACAAGAAUUAGAAAAAAAAAUAACUGAAUUAAAUAAAAAAUGUGUUGAACAAGGUAGAAUUAUUAAAAAUAAAGAAAAAACAGAUCAACAAUUAAAAAAUUUAACAAAUGAAAUACAAACAUUAAAACAAACACGUGUUAAAUUAAUACGUGAAAUGAGAAAAGAAAGUGAAAAAUUCAGUCAAUGGAAAUUAGCUAGAGAAAAAGAAUUAUUACGUUUAAAAGAUCAAGAUCGUAAACGUCAAAAUCAAAUGAUUAGAUUACAAAGUCUUCAUAAUAAACAACAAAAUGUAUUUAAACGUAAAAUGGAAGAAGCAAGUGCAAUUAAUAAAAGAUUAAAAGAUGCAUUUGAUAAACAAUGUAAAGCUGGAAUAAAUCGUCAAGAAAAAUCAAAAAGUAAAGAAACAAUGAAAACAUGGAUUAAACAAGAAAUUGAUGUUUUAAUUGGUACUGUUGAUGCAAAAUGUUCAUUAGAAAAAUUAAUGAAUGAUCGUGCACAUUUUAAAAAACAACAUGAUGAAAUUAAAAAUGGUUAUAUUAAAAAUCCAACAAAUAAAAUACAACAAAAAUUAGAUGAUUUAUCAGCAUAUAUUGAUGUUAGAAGUGUACAAAUAAGUGAAUUACAAAAUCAAAUAAUUAAAUCAGAUCAAGAAUUACGUACCAAUUCAAGACUUGAUGCAAUACAAACAGUUGCUGAUGCUAGAAUUGUUAUGAAAGAAUUAUUUGAAUCAAUAAGUGAUGUAGAAAAAAAAUAUUUUCAAAAGAACAAUGAUUAUGAUGAUUUAAUGAGUAAAUAUGAUCAGCUACUAAUGGAUACAAGACAAGCUGAAAUUAAAAGAAUUGCUCAAAGUAAUAAUCAUGAAAAUAAUGAUGAUGAUAUUGAUGAUUUAAAAAAACAAAUUGAAUCAUUAAAAAAUGAAAAUAAAUUAUUAAAUAAUAAAAUUAAUGACAAUCAAUUUUUACAACCAGUACCAAUUAAAAAGAAAAAAACAUCAAUUAAAGUUGAUAAAUUUCAAGAAGAUGAUGAUGAUGAUUUUGUUAUGUUAGAUUCAGAAAGUGAUAUGAGCUUUACUGAUGAUGCUGAUAAAGAUCCAGACUGGCGUGGUACACCAAUUGCCAAACGUGUGGCAAUUGCCAAACAAAAAAUGAAAAAUCAAACAAUUAUUCAUCAGCCAGAAUCAUCAUUAUUAAGAGUAUCAAUAUCAACACGUUUAGCUAAAAAACGUGCAUCUGAAGGUAACUCACCAUGUGAAUGUAAAACAUCAUGUGCAACAAGUUAUUGUCUAUGUCGUAAAGAUCAUGCAAUUUGUUCUGAGAAAUGUGGAUGUGAUCCAGUUAAAUGUCAAAAUCAAGAAAAUCGUGGUAAUCGUUUUUUCUUGGCUGAUGAAAAUCCAAAACGUAUUAAAGUUGAAGAUGAUAAUUAAUAAUAAUUCAUGUAUAUUUUUAAAGUUUUUUAUUUUUUAUUAAUUAAUAU